CCUAUGAUCCAUAUUUGGAGAGCAAGAAGCCCCUAUAAAAAUGCCACCAGUGGGCAGCCCGGCCCGCAGACCCGGGCCAGCUGCGUAGAGAGAGCCUCAUUGCCACCAUGAACUUCUCUGGAAAGUACCAACUGCAGAGCCAGGAGAACUUCGAGCCCUUCAUGAAGGCAAUGGGGCUGCCCGAAGACCUCAUCCAGAAGGGAAAGGACAUCAAGGCAGUGUCAGAAAUUGUACAGAAUGGGAAGAACUUCAAAAUCACCGUGAGCACUGGGAACAAAGUGACCAAAAAUGAGUUCACCCUGGGGCAAGAGAGUGAUAUGGAGACCAUGACUGGAGAGAAGGUCAAGGUGGUGGUCAACAUGGAAGGUGACAACAAGCUCGUGACAACUUUCAAAAACAUCAAGUCUGUGACUGAACUCAGUGGGGACACACUGACCAGCCAGUCCUGUCUAACCAAACCAGUGCAGCAUAACCAGCUGAGCUGGGUUAGCCUCUCAGGGCUGCCAUCCACAGAUGUCCCCAUGGGAGGUGAUUCAUACUUCAGACCAUGUAGGUUUCUGUAUUUACAUUGUGUUUUCUUUAAAUUUGGAGUAUAUUUACAUUUUAAAAAUAUUUAUUUCAGUAAGAACAUUGUUAUAAUUCUUCAAAAAAUACUCUCCCUUCUUUGGAUCAGACUCAUCUCAAGUUCUUGCCACUUUCUGAAGUGACUCUGGAAGGCUUCUUUUGAAUGUCUUUGGAUGUGUUAUCAUGACUUCCAUGCCCUAAAUUGAUUCAAAACCUUUACUUUUUAUGAUAAUUUUGACUUUGGAAAGAGAAGUCAUAUGGUACCAGAUCCAGUGAAUAGCGUGGAUGAGGACGAACCAUAGAGUUUUCACAAGACUGCUUUUCCAUCGGAUGGCAGUAGGCAAUGACAUUUAUUGUAUAUUUUUAUCACAACUCUUAAAAACAUCCGUGAAAUAGGACUCUGAGAACUGGUUUAGAAAGGGGCAAAAUGAUGGGAUAAGUGUGUCCAAAGUUGGAGGGGUUUGAGGUGGAUUAAUCACAAUGUAUCUUCUACUAUAAUAAUUUUUUUGUUUGAUGUAAACAUUCACUCUUUUUCUAUCACACCUCAUAUACCACCUUGUAGCCAUCCUGUCUAACCAAAGCAGUGUGGCAUAACCAGGUCAUUUUCCAACAGAUAGAACAGCAGGAUCUUGAGGGACACUCUUUUCUAACUCACCAAAGCCACCAUGUGAGCUGACAUCCACCCGCCUGGUGUCCCCACCUCCCUCAGGCUGUCCUUCCCCUGCCAGCCCCUCCCACCCUCCUUCCUUCCUCCUAACUGCCCACCCCCACCUCCUCUCCCUUGUUUCCUGAUGCCAUGGAGUAAGAGAGGAGUUUGGAAGGAAAAGCACAGGGACAUGCAGAACAACCAGCACAGCUCAUAUUUUCUGUCUUCACUUAGACAAAGCUAAGAGUAGAGGGCACAAAUCCAUUCAAUCUACAGAUGUCCCCUCUUGUGAGCCUCACUGGGUCACAGAGGAGCCAUUCUCGUGAAUGCAGAGCCCACACACAAGAAAUAUCAGGCUCUUUCAUUGCUUCUGUGCCAUCACAGUAAUUAAUAGCCACAAUCCUUCCUUCUACCUCAGCACUAACCACAAGCCCCAGGGGCCUCCAGCUGCCCUAUCAGCCCCAGGGGCCUAAUACAUGCCUUUGCCCAUUUGGCAUUAAAAGGAUUAUAUUUGUGGCAAAUGCCUGGCCCCUAUGAGUGCUACACUCCAGGUCUGCAGUUGUCAGUGCUCGGCUGUUGGCCAGGUCUGAUCCCAUUUUGGAAGGGAUUUGCAGAAUUUUUCCUGCAGUUGUUUUCCCCUUUCUCUUCUUUGCUCCCAAAGCUUGCUUUAGGAAGUCACAGAAGGCAGAAGGCAGCCCAAGGAGGCUGUGGUCACCAGGUUCACGUGAGAAUAUCCCUUAGGCAGUGACAAUGUGAGCAUCAACUGUGAAAUACGCAGUCCCUGUGCCCACACCGGCAGCUUCCCAGCAGGACAGGGGAGCAGGAGAUGAGGUGUCCAGGAGGAGACCUGGCCAACAUCCUCUGAUAGCUUCACUUUGCCUAAUCCUCCUGUCUCCUGUGAGGUAGGCAGGUCAAGGGGUCAGUAAUCAGGUCAACCUAUCCAAGGUCUUCCAGGUGAUGAUAUGAGUAGUAAAGCUAGAGCUCCAGUCUCGUCAGUGGCAGCCACCCUAUUGCUACUGAAGCUAAGGGGCCUCUUUGUUACCUGAUGAUAGGACAUCAAAUGGCAGCUGUCUUGUUCAAGAGAACUAAGAUGAGGAGGGAGCAUCCCUCAAGGAGCCCAAAGCUGAUGCAGCCAGUGUUUUCACUUGCUUCAUUCACAGCUUUUAGAAAGAAAACAAGGUAGUGCCCAUGAUGUGCCAGUCCAGUUGCCUGGUGUUCCAUGCACACAUGUCCUUGGUGCUCAACUUGGUUUUGAUACAUAGCAGGUGCUCAGUAGAACUUUGAGAUAUUGGAUUGGAUUGGAUUUUAUAAGUUUGGGUGAUCUUGUUAUCACAUCCAUUGAUGUAGAAAGGUAGUCAGCAAAUAGCACAACUCUCCAUGAAAGAAAGCACAAUGACAUAGGCAUAAGGCUUUAAAAAAAUUGUCAGCCCUUCCUCUGGUCCUUGAGGAAUCAUUGAUUUGAAGAAUCAUUGAGUUGUUUUAUGUGUUACUAUAUUUGGGGCUACUUGGGGGCUUAAUAAUUUAUUUUUAUUGUUUAUCACCAGA